GUCUGGACCAGUAUAAAAGUCAGCCCAAGAGCAGGCUCCCUCAUCCACUUCUCUUGCCUUCUCUUCCUUGGUGAGCAAGGUCCACCUCCAUCCCACAGCUAUGUCCUGCUAUGAUCUGUGCCGUCCCUGUGGGCCAACCCCACUGGCCAACAGCUGCAACGAGCCCUGUGUCAGGCAGUGCCAGGACUCCCGCGUGGUGAUCCAGCCCUCUCCCGUGGUGGUGACCCUGCCUGGACCCAUCCUCAGCUCCUUCCCACAGAACACCACUGUGGGAUCCUCAGCAUCUGCUGCUGUUGGCAGCAUCCUGAGUGAGGAGGGAGUGCCCAUCAACUCUGGGGGCUUCAGCCUCUCUGGUCUUGGUGGCCGCUACUGUGGCAGAAGGUGCCUGCCCUGCUAAAGCCAGGCUGGAUGUCCAUCAACCAGGAAGCCCAAAUCCAGGUGUCGGACUGAGGACAUUGCUGCUGGCCAGGGUUGCCAGAUGAGUUCAGUGCUCCUCUCCCUCUCUGAAAAAGAGAGAGAUAAGCAAGGUGCUUUCUGAGCACUUGGCCAACAUGUCUUGUUCUUGAAAUUCCUGCUUUUGAUGGCUUUCCAUGCCUCUGUGAUUUUGAAUUUCACAUUGUCUUGGUAUAACACUGUAUUUUAAAAUGAUCAGUGGAGGGCUUUUUAUUCAGGACUUGAGGAAAAGUGGAAUCUCUCUUGCUGUCUUUCACUUGCAAUGGGUUAAAUGUGUUUUUUUUCUCUUUUAUACAUAUAUAUAUCUUUUGUUUGCUGAAUGUUGCUUGACUUUUCAUGAUUAAACUCAUUUUGCAUCU